ACAUCCCCACGCAGCACGAGGCUGAGAAUUGUUGAUGCAUAGGACUUUUUCACUUGGCGGUGUUUUCGCGCGUGCUCUUUAGAUCUGGAGUCUGCUGCAUUAGGCGCAACACAGAUUCCUGCAAAUUUUAGGGUUUCGUUGGAGUAUCGGCGUUGAUUUCGUUGAUUGAAAAGAAGAAGAAGCAAGCAUGUUUGGGAGGGCGCCCAAAAAAAGUGAUAACACCAAGUACUAUGAGAUCCUGGGCGUCUCUAAGAACGCAUCCCAGGAUGAUCUGAAGAAGGCUUACAAGAAAGCCGCCAUAAAGAACCACCCCGACAAGGGCGGUGAUCCCGAGAAGUUCAAAGAGCUGGCCCAAGCUUAUGAAGUUCUGAGUGACCCUGAGAAACGUGAAAUAUAUGAUCAAUAUGGUGAAGAUGCACUCAAGGAAGGAAUGGGAGGUGGAGGCGGAGUUCACGAUCCGUUUGAUAUCUUCCAGUCUUUCUUUGGCGGCAGUCCUUUCGGAGGGGGUAGCAGUAGAGGACGAAGGCAGAGACGAGGUGAAGACGUGGUUCACCCCCUCAAGGUGUCUUUGGAGGACCUUUACCUUGGGACUUCUAAGAAGCUUUCUCUGUCACGAAACGUCUUGUGUUCCAAGUGCAAGGGGAAAGGUUCCAAAUCUGGUGCUUCAAUGAAGUGUGCGGGUUGUCAAGGUACUGGUAUGAAGGUUUCUAUUAGGCAUCUCGGCCCCUCUAUGAUACAGCAAAUGCAGCAUCCUUGCAAUGAAUGUAAGGGUACUGGAGAAACGAUCAAUGAUAAGGACCGUUGCCCACAGUGCAAAGGAGAGAAGGUUGUUCAAGAGAAGAAAGUACUUGAAGUUGUUGUGGAGAAGGGAAUGCAGAAUGGACAGAAAAUUACAUUCCCUGGUGAAGCAGAUGAAGCGCCAGAUACGAUAACAGGGGACAUAGUGUUUGUCCUUCAGCAGAAGGAACAUCCCAAGUUUAGGAGGAAGGGUGAAGAUCUUUUUGUGGAGCACACUUUAUCCCUUACGGAGGCUUUAUGUGGCUUUCAAUUUGUGCUGACUCACCUGGAUGGCAGGCAGCUUCUCAUCAAAUCCAAUCCAGGGGAAGUUGUCAAACCCGAUUCGUACAAGGCAAUUAAUGAUGAAGGAAUGCCGAUGUACCAGAGGCCGUUCAUGAGGGGAAAGCUUUACAUUCACUUUGCUGUAGACUUCCCAGAAUCUCUGAGUCCUGAUCAAGUCAAAGCUUUAGAGGCUGUUCUGCCGCCUAGGCCUUCAACACAGUUGACGGACAUGGAGCUGGAUGAAUGUGAGGAGACUACUCUUCAUGAUGUCAAUAUUGAGGAGGAGAUGAGGAGGAAGCAACAAGCACAGCAGGAGGCAUAUGAUGAGGAUGAGGAUAUGCAUGGUGGUGCUCAGAGAGUGCAAUGCGCACAGCAGUGAUGAAUUUGCGGGGGUGGAGACGAAGAGUGAAUGAUGCCGACGACUUUUAGUCAUCAUGCGAAAGCUUAUUGUUCAAGGAAUUUGAAGAGUAAAUAAGUACUGAAAAGCAUUUUUGUUUCUCGGGCAACAUUUAUUUUUUGACAUUCUUUAUAUACUGUGUGUUUUUUGGUGGCUAGCCUGGAUGUCAUCCUUCUUUAUCAUUUCUUCUAAAGGUAUGACCUUCUCUGGUGGUUGGAUCUUG